AUGGCUGCAGGACCAAUUGCAGAAAGAAAUCAAGAUGCAACGAUUUACGUUGGUGGUUUGGACGACAGAGUCACAGAAAGUCUGCUUUGGGAACUAUUUGUUCAAGCUGGACCAGUAGUGAAUGUUCAUAUGCCAAAGGACCGAGUGACACAAACUCAUCAAGGUUAUGGAUUUGUUGAAUUCAUGGGAGAAGAAGAUGCCGAUUAUGCAAUAAAGGUCAUGAAUAUGAUAAAACUAUAUGGAAAGCCGGUAAGGGUAAAUAAAGCAUCUGCACACCAGAAGAAUCUUGAUGUGGGAGCUAAUGUGUUCAUUGGUAAUCUUGAUCCUGAAGUAGAUGAAAAACUAUUGUAUGAUACAUUUUCUGCAUUUGGUGUCAUAUUGCAGACACCUAAGGUUAUGAGAGACCCUGAGACUGGUAACUCGAAAGCGUUUGCAUUUAUAAACUUUGCAUCCUUCGAAGCCUCCGAUGCGGCCAUAGAGGCUAUGAAUAACCAGUACUUGUGCAACCGUCCUAUAUCUGUUUCUUAUGCAUUUAAGAAAGAUGUGAAGGGUGAAAGGCAUGGAUCUGCUGCUGAAAGGUUACUAGCAGCACAGAAUCCUUUAUCGCAUGCAGACAGGCCUCACCAACUGUUCGCGGACGCGCCACCUAUAAUGGGUCCACUGCUAAUGGCUCCUCCCCCACCACCAACUCCAAGUCCGAUGCCGCCUGGCCCUCCAUUGACAUCGCGACCUCCGUUACCAAUGGCUGCCCCUCCACCACCUCCCUCAACAAUGCCCCCACCUGGGCCCCCUCCACCGCCAGGCCCUCCACCUCCUCCGCCGCCGUUUCAUCAUUUCCCUCCUCCACCUUUCGGGCCCCCUGGCUUUGGCCCCCCACCCCCUCCUGGCGCGAGGCCCCCACCAUGGAGGCCCCCUCCACCCUCUUUCAGGCCCCAAUACCGACCUCCACCAUUCGGUCAUCCCCCCUUCCCGCAUCACCCGCCUGAACCAAACUAUAACUAUUAA